AUGAGCUUUGGAUUUGGAGUCUCAGACUUCAUAACUCUUGCAACUUUCACAUGGCAGGUUGUCGAGCGAUGCAGGUCUUCGACUGCGCAAUUCAAAGACAUUUCUCACGAAGUUAGCAACCUUCACUUCGUCCUCAAACAGAUUGAGAAGCUUUUGAAACAGAGCACAUUAUCUCCGGAAGAACAGUAUGAGCUCUCACAAAUCUGUCAGCCUUGUAAAGAGUCCCUAAAAGAAUUGGAGGGGUUACUUGAUAAGCAUUCCAGCCUCUUGUCUGUGCACAAGCGGCCUCUCGAUAUUGCUCGCUGGGCAAGCCGUGAUAUGGGGGCAAUUCGCGCAAAGCUUCACGGUAACAUCAUGUCACUGUUAGCAUUUAAUGUCACUCUUUGCAGCGUUCGCACAGGUUCGAUCCUGACCAAUCAGACAGGUUCAAUUGAGCGACAGAUCCAAAUGCUGGCGAUGCAGACCGAUUCAAACGAGCGACAUAUUGAAUUGCUGGCAGGGCAAGCUCAAAUUCUUGAGACAAUGAACAUCAUAAAACAAGAAUACGAAGAGGGGACAAGGCAACGACCGGCUUACAGUCAAGUUCAACCUAAGGACCUUGCCAAAGACAACAGCGCGGCGUGGGAAGAGAUAACUUCCGAACUCGAAGCUGCUGGAGUAGAACGAAAAUCAACCGCACUAAACGAAUCUUUCAUCCGAGCGUGGAUCGAUGAGGUUGUGAACCCAGCCAUUCCUGACUCGGUCGAGUCAAACCUGGAUCACAAGCUUCAUGACAACUACAAUCGUUCAACGACCCCCGGCCCGCAUGCGCCACCGCAUGUUUCAACAACAUUACGAGGCUCUUCAACAGAUACACAUGCGCCUUUACCGUCAUCGAGGAGCUUUUCUGACUCGAACCCCACAACCGCAAUGACCCUUCGCGAUCAGCUUGAUUUCUCUGAAGCUCAGCACCUCCUACUUGGAAUAAUUGAUAAGUUCACAAAAGACGAUGGGCUAACAUUCGAAGAAGUAAAGAGUGUAUUCGACCUCUUGCGAAAGCCUGGUCAGGAUUUCGUUCUUCAAGUCCACCUUGAAGAUUGUGUCCAACGAAUGAACACCGCAAGGGAGACGCCGCUAAAAGGGAGCGUACUUACAUCACUGAUAGAUGCAAGAGAAGUUGAACGCAAUGGUAGAUGUUUGCUUGAAGAAUGGGGGGAUUUGAUCUAUUCACUUUGCAGUGCAUACUCUGCCGCUGAACGAGAGAAUCUUUUGGCGUUUUGCACUUUGUCAAAUGAACGUGGCAGACAACAAGCACUGGCCGAGAUCCAGCGGCUGGUAAAAAUGGAGAAUCUACAGUUCUGCCCCCCUCUGUGCUGGGCGGUGGAUCGUGGGCAAGAUUCUAACCGAUACCAGCUGUUGAAAUUUUCACGUCGACCACCAGAGGACCCGGUCGAUCACAUAUACUUGCUCGAUGGCGAACCAGUCGGGAGUGGACCAAUGUUGGACAUCGAGUCCUUCCAAGGCAUGUCCAUUGUUACCACGAAAAUUCUGCUGCCCAAGCUGAAUUCUUUCCUCAGCGCUUGGGAGCCGUUCUUGGAGACGUUGGAGCUGCACCACCGGUCUGAAUACGAGUCAUCUUUGCAGGCAAUUUUCGAUGCAGCGACCAAAUUCUAUGACCUGCAAGGGUCACAAUCGGCUUACGCGCGCAAUAUCCUCGACUGGCCUUUCGAGGCCGCCAGAUAUCUGCCUUACGCGAGCAUACUGCAGACCUGCCCUUCUAAUUUAUUGCUCGAAAUUCGGUCACGCUGCCUUGAACUGUUUACUCUAAUCGAGGGCUGUGUCUACGACUUAGUCGAAUCAAGUGAUACCUUGCUAAUCCCGAGCCAGCCGCUUGACCUUAUUCCUUCGACAGAUGGUCGCCGAUCAUCCUAUCAUGGAGAGCUCGAGAAUGCCCCAUGGCAAUUGCUGAGGAUGAAGGAUCGUGCCAAUCUAAUCAAAAAACUUAGUGCAACAUGGGACGAUAUACAGGACGAUAUCAAGUUGUGCAGCCCUUGGCUCAACGAAAAUGAUGUGAAUUUUGAGUCUCGAAUCUGCGACCACAUGGCGGAUACGAUAGAUUUCCGCAAGUUUCAGAAGUCGUUGCGCACCGUGAAUCGAGUGAUAUUACAAAUUCGCGACUUCGAGGGCUUGAGCAGCCGGCUUCCAAUGCAAAGCAAAGGCGUUCUGCGACGUAAGGUUGCAACUAGUGUGGAAGAUCUCGGGAUUGAUGUAGAGCACCAUUCUUCGACAGGCGGAAACCCUGUCGAAUCUCACGGUAGCCCAGGGUGGCUGUUUACAUUUAAUGCGAGAAAAGAUGAUUCUGUCUCUAUCAGGAUCCGGCUUCCAAAGACAGGCUCACUUCAGACAUUUAUCCAUUUCUUCGAGCUUCAGCACUUUACUGAAGGAGUUUCAAUCGAGAUGACACAACGAAUGGAUGAAUACCCAAUCAUUCUCGACAAGCCCUCUGUGAAGAUGCUCGUGUCCAUCUCUAUUCAUGAGCAAUGCCUACUGUCACCCGAAAAACAAGCCGUGGGCAUGAAAGAAGAAUGGACGAGCAAGGAAGACUUGUUUGGCCGAAGCUAUUACGAGAGCCAGGAUGAACGACGCUCGACGAUAAUAUUGUCUGCUCCGCCACAGGCAAAAUUCCCCUGUGGCGGUCCGACGAGGUCUGAUCUCCGCCAAAGAUUUGAGGUCAGGGACCGUGGUCGGCAAGACGGCAUAUCGGCAUCAUCUAGCUGCCAUGCCGGAAAUGAAGACGAGGUUAUUGUGUCGGACGGUUCAGUUGUUCACGGUCACAAUACAGAGAUGUCGAGACAAGAUGCGGCUCCGACCUCAAGCGAGACCGGCGAAUCCCUGUUUGGCCCUUUCUCCUUGGUGAUUCUGCUCCUGUCAAUCCUUUUCUGCUGCGUAAAAUUGUGGUUGUGGAUCGAGCAAUUCCUUCAGGCGGUUGGUAUACGUUUAGGGUUGCUAUAA